GAUGGAGUGCAGAGAGUGGAAAAUGUUUUCCUGAUGUCAGCUGGGACCUUGAAUGAGUCAUAAGAUUUCAGGGUCGCCCAUCCACUCGUCACGUGUGAUCAGGAAGCCACUGAAACAGAUAAGUGUAGCGAUCAGGACCCUCCCACAACGACGGAUCAAUGGUCCAGUCAAAAAAAGCCUGAGCCUUUUCGCAACAGCGCCUCGAGUAUAUAAAGGCAGGUGGUUCGGCUAUCCGGCGCUGAGAGAGCCACACACCCUACACCUAUCCACAACUCUUCUUUAGUCCACAUACUUUCUUUCCAUCUGCACGUACACUCUGUCCGUAUGAGUUACUCGAUAGACAAUAUAGGAAGUCCCUACCGGAGGGUGAUGGAGACUAGGACCAGCUAUGGUCGUAGUAGCGGCAGCCCCUCCAGCGGAUUUCGCUCCCAAACCUGGUCCCGGGCGAGCCCGGGUUCGACUACAUACAAGAGGAGCUUCAACGUUCCCGUGGCGAGAGCGUACGGCUCAACAGUUCUGAGUUCAGCCGACAGCCUCGAUUUUAACCAGACUUCCAUCCUGAACGGAGACUUCAAGCGCUCCAACGAGAAAGAGCAGCUCCAGGGACUGAACGACCGGUUCGCCGGGUACAUCGACAAGGUUCACUUUUUGGAGCAGCAGAACCAACAGAUCGAGGCGGAGAUCCAGGCACUGCGGCAGAAACAAGUGUCGCGAUCUCAGCUAGGCGAUAUUUACGACCAAGAGCUGCAGGAGUUGCGCUCUAUGCUGGAGCAGGUCCACAACGAGAAGGCGCAGAUUCAGCUGGACACCGAUCACAUUGAAGACGACAUCCAGCGCCUUAGGGAUCGCUUCGAUGAAGAGGCGCGCAUCAGGGAAGAGACGGAAGCCAUCAUCCGCGCGCUGAAGAAAGACAGGGGUGACUCAGCACUUGUCAAAGCAGAGUUGGACAAGAAAGUACAGUCCCUGCAGGACGAGAUCGCUUUCAUCCGCAACAACCACCAGGAGGAGGUCAGCGAUCUGUUGGCGCAGGUGCAAGCGUCGCAGAUUACCGUGGAGAAGAGGGACUACCAAAAGGCGGAUAUCACCGAAGCGCUCCGGGAGAUCCGCUCGCAGCUGGAGGGCCACUCGACGCAAAACCUGCAGCAGGUGGAAGACUGGUUCAUGUGCCGGUACUCGAAACUAACGGAGGCGGCAGAGCAGAAUAAAGGCGCCAUCAAAUCGGCCCGUGAUGAGAUCACAGACUACCGGCGCCAGUUACAGUCCAAAACUGUCGAGCUGGAGUCUGUCCGAGGAACCAAAGAUUCGCUGGAGAGGCAGCUGAGCGAUAUAGAGGACCGACACAACAAUGACCUUGCCAGUCUUCAGGAAACUAUCCACCAGCUGGAGAAUGAACUCAAGAGCACGAAGUGGGAAAUGGCUCGGCAUCUACGUGAAUAUCAGGACCUCCUGAAUGUCAAAAUGGCACUUGAUAUAGAGAUUGCAGCAUAUAGAAAACUUCUUGAAGGAGAGGAGAGCCACUUUAGCACUUUCCCAUAUCGCCAGACAGUCACCAAAGGCAAAAAGGUCAAAAGUGAACCCCCCAAGCUUAAAGUUCAACACAAGUUUGUGGAAGAGAUCAUCGAGGAGACAAGGGUGGAGGAUGAGAAGUCAGAGAUGGACGAGGCUUUGGCUGAGAUGGCAGAGGAGUUAUCAGCUGCCCAAAAAGAAGACGAGGGAGAGGAUGAAGGAGAGGCUGAGGGUGGUGAAGAAGAAGGAGAGAAAGAUGAGGAAGGUGAGGUGGAGGUGAUUGCAUCCACCGAAGCCAAAGUAGCCUCCAGUGCUCCUGCUGAGGAAGAAGAGGAGGGAGAGAAGGAGGAAGGUGAUGAAGAAGAAGAGGCUGGAAAGGAUGAAGAAGGAGGUGAGGAAGAGGAGGGAGAGGAGGAAAACAAAGAGGAAGAAGGUGAGGAAAAAGAUGAAGAAGAUCACGAAGUCGAAGAGACCGCCCUGAGCUCCAAGUCACCUGAAGCAAAGGCUUCUCCUGAGAAAGAGAAAGCAGAUGAGAAACAGGGCAGAGGAGGAGAGGAAGAGGGUGAAGAAGAGGGAGAUGAGAAAGAUGAGGAAGAUGCAGGUAGCGAUAAAGGAUCCACAGAUGAAAAAGAAGCAGAAAACAAGGAGCAGUCUAAAAAAGCAGAACCAGAAGAAAUAAAAGAUGAUAAAGAGGAAGUCAAACCGGAAAAAGAAAAGUCUACUUCAACCAAGACGGAGGAAGGAUCUCCAAAAAGUGACUCUCCUAAAGAUGCAUCACCAAAGAGCGAGAGUCCAAAGAGUGAAAGCCCCGAAGAGAAGGAGGCACCCAAGACAGAGGCUCCAAAGAAAGAAGCCCCCAAAAGUGAUUCUCCAAAAGACGAGAGUCCUAAGAAAGACACAUCCAAGACAGAAUCCACGCAGAAAGACGCUCCCCAGCCAGAGCCACCAAAAGCCGAGGCUAAAGAAGAUUCCCCAAAGGCAGCGGAUGAAAAAGCCAGUAAAAAGAGUGAACCAGAAAAAGAGGCUGAAGACAAAAAGACAGACAAGAAAGAUUCUACAGUAAAUGGAGACAUGGGAAAGAAUGACAAGAAGGAGGAGAAGAAAGAUUCCGAUAAGAAGGAAGUGAUCUCCAACGGAGUAGACGAAAGUCCCACCAAAGACGAAACAAGCCAGCGGGUGGUUAUCACCAAAACGGUGGAGACCAUUACCACCGGAGAGGGUGGAGUCAAACAAGUUACAAAAACUGUUACCGUAACCGAGAAAGGAGACGAGGUGAAGGAAGUUCAGGAGAAAGUGGUGUCCAAAACUGCGGAGAAACAGGCGGUGAAGGCCGCGGAAGCAGAGUAAACUCAACCGACCGAAGAGGAACCGGCGAGAAUGCAUAUCAAGCAAUCACAAACACAAAACUCACAUAACUAAUCAUAAAGCUCAACAGAUAUACUUAACUGCAUUAACCAACCGAAAGACUUAACAAAACAAAAGCAA